AUGGACGGUGCCGGCGGCAGAACGGAGCGUGGCAGGCGUAGGACACGGCCCGCAACCCCGCGGGGACGGGGAGCAGCGAGGGCCGUAGCCCGCAGCCCCUCACAGGUCUGCAGCAGCCCGGGCGGGGCCGCGACACUCCAGGCGCCGCAGAAGGACGGAGCCACUGCCCAGCGCUCCCGCCCAGCGCGGCCAGCUUCCACCGUCAGGAGCCUGCCGGCGGGCCCGGCAACAAACGGCGGAAGGGCGCCUCCAGCCUCUCGGGGCAGGGCACCAUCCACCAGAGCCCCCGCGGCACAGAGGCGAGCGGCGGUGCCCGACGGGGCGGCCGCUGCCGCCGUGGCCGCUCCCCGCUCUCUGUCGGCAGCGGGAGCCCUACGCCUCCGGCAGGUGCUGUCGAGGCUCACCCUAGGCCGCCAGGACGUGUCGGAGGCGUCGGGAUUGGUGAACCGGGUCAUCUUAAAGCUGACCGAGGCCAUCCGCAGCCAGGGCGGCAGCUUCAGCUCCAUCGAGCAGCUGGGUGCCGGCAGCUACUAUGAGCACGUCAAGAUAUCUGAACCAAAUGAGUUUGAUAUCAUGCUCGUCGUACCUAUAGAGAGGCUUCAGCUGGAGGCCAGUGAUGACACUGGAGCCUUUUACUACCUAAAGUUCAAAAGAAGCCCUAAAGAAAAGUCUUUGACCAAGUUUUUAGACGAAGAUGAAAAAUUAUCAGCCUCCAAAAUGCUUGAUGCAUUAAGAGAAAUUAUUAAACGAGAAGUUAGAAACAUCCCAGAUGCGGAUGUAACUGUGAAAAGGAAGAAGCCUGGAAGCCCUGCAAUAACUCUUCUGAUCAGAAAUCCUCCAGCAGACAUCUCAGUGGACGUCAUCUUGACUUUGAAAGUUAAGCAGAGUUGGCCAUCCAGCACAGAGGAAGGCCUCAAAAUCGAGCAGUGGCUGGGAAGGAAAGUCAGGAGAGACUACAGACUUGAACCACUUUAUUUAGUAGCCAAACAAAACAAAAAAGAGAAGGUUCAAAGAGGAAAUUACUGGCGACUCUCUUUCUCCCACAUUGAGAAGGCCAUGAUGAACAACCAUGGCAACACAAAGACCUGUUGUGAAUCUGAUGGAGUAAAGUGCUGCAGGAAAGCUUGUCUUAAGCUUCUGAAGGAGCUUCUAGAGAAACUUAAACUGAAAUAUCCAGAAAGGCUGGAAAAAAUCUGUUCCUAUUAUGUCAAAACUGCUUUUUUCCACUCAUGUGUCAUGUGGCCAAAGGACACACACUGGCCUGUGGGAGGCUUGGAGCACUGCUUUCAGAGGUCCCUGAAACAUUUUCUGGAUUGCUUGGAAAGGUCUCACCUGCCACACUUUUUUGUUCCCCAAUACAACUUGCUUGGCCCAGAGGAUAAAGGCAGCAGUGAGUUCCUUUUGAGACAAAUAAACCUUGAAUGGAACAAUGGAUUCCCAAUAUUUCAGGACACGUCCUAG